GAGACCCUUAGUUCUUCCUCCAUUAAUGGAGUAAGGUUUAUAAAAUUAAUCUCUCUCUCACAUACGCAUCUUUUCAUUUUGUUUCUUUUAAAGAAAAAGCCACACGUUACAGCUUCUAUAUCUGGCGCCAUUUGCAGUCUCUUUCUUUGUUCAAACUUCACUCCACAGCUCCACUUUCCAAUUUUUCCCGUUCCAUUCCUAAAAAUCAAUUAUCUGUGUCUCUGCUGGCCAAUCCACCACUCACUUCUAAUGGAGGAAAAAGAAAGCACACCUUCUGGGUCACCAGGGUAUUCGGGGACCGACUCACCACCACCAGUGAGCAGCGUGGUAGCGCCGCAGUUGAUGAAUAUAAACAUGAACAUGGCUGCAGAGAAUAUGGUCAUGGAAAGAACCAUUAUUGCAAGUGCAACAACUACACCACCAACCACAGGAAGUGAUGGAGGAUCCGGAGUCCCAGUAAGUGGAAGUGUUGACUUAUUUAGGAAAAAAAAGAGAGGAAGGCCAAGAAAGUACGAUUCAGAUGGCAACCUGAGAGUGCAGCCCUUUCAUCAUCAGGCAGUGCCUGGAGUAACAUUAUCACCACCUGGUUUCUCUUUCUCUCCUCCUUCUCCUCCUUCUGAUGGCUUAAUUUACUCUUCUUCGAAAAGGGGUCGAGGCAGGCCUCCUGGUUCUGGUAACUGGCAGCUGCUUGCUUCUUUAGGAGAGCUGUUUGCGAACACAGCAGGAGGGGACUUCACACCUCAUGUAGUAACUGUGAAUACUGGAGAGGAUGUUGCAGGGAAAAUUCUAUCAUUUGCUCAGAAGGGUCCUAGAGGAAUUUGUAUUCUGUCUGCCAAUGGAGCUGUUUCUAAUGUCACCAUUCGCCAACCAGGUUCAUCUGGUGGUAUUUUGACAUAUGAGGGCCGUUUUGAGAUACUUUCAUUAUCUGGGUCAUUCACAGUCACUGAAACUGGUGGUGUGAGAAGUAGGACUGGUGGACUGAGUGUAUCGUUGGCUAGCCCUGACGGUCGAGUAAUAGGCGGUGGCAUUGCAGGACUCUUGUUGGCAGCCAGCCCUAUCCAAAUUGUUGUAGGCAGCUUCAUGCCAAAUGGUUACAAGGCACACAAAAGAAAGCACCAUCGUGAAAAUGCAAGCAGUUCUGUGAUCCCAGGUGCUCAAGAUGUACUGACAGAGGCGAGACCAAUCUCACAGGCAAAACCUGAUGGCGAGACAUGUUCGGCGAAAACUGAUGGCGAGACAUGUUUGAUCUCCACGUCUCCAUUGCCAGAACAGAGCCAUGGAGGAACAGAUAACAAUGUGAGCAAGCAGCAGAUACCAAAUGCUACAAUUUCCUUCACUCCCUUUUGGAAUGGAUCACAACCCACAUCCAUUCAGAGACCAUCUCCAGACAUUAAUUUGUCUGUCCCCAUUGAAGAGGAUGCACAAGGUAUGGUACUUUAGAAUCCUGGAGGCUGACAAAACAACCCAAAUGAAACUAAUUCUAUUUGCUUUUGUUGUUGUAACCAUUAAAUUUAUUGACGACCAUUCUAAUUUUCUGCCUCAGCAUUUAGGUAUCAGUAGGACAUGUAGCACUUCUUAUUGGGCAAUGUUAUUGGAUUAUUUUUGUCCACUACACUGAUCACAGUGACUAUAAAUACUAAGCAGACAGUGAUUAUUCUUCUUUUUCA